UUUUGUUCAUUCUUUUCUUUCUCAACAAAUUUCCAAAAAUGAAGUCUCUUUUAUCAUAUCCAACCACCAUCUUGUUUAUUCUCAUUGGAUUUUAUAUUUCACCUUCAUUCAUGGCUACAAUCGUCGGAAUCAUAAUCUCAUUUUUGCUAGUAUUUUUGGCUGUGGUAUUUGGACCUUACUUGAAGGAAAUUGUUUUCACCGACCGCCACCGACCACCGGUUGUCGGACCAAUAUCAAGCCAACUCGUACACUUCCGGGAGCUGUACGAUUACAUGACGUCACUUGCCAAAAAGCAUCACACUUUUCGUUUCAUAACACCUACACACAGUGAAAUAUAUACUGCUGAUCCUGUUAAUGUUGAAUAUAUUCUCAAGACCAACUUUGUUAAUUACACCAAGGGGGAGCAUAAUAAUGGAAUAAUGAGGGAUCUUUUUGGAGAAGGGAUAUUUGCAGUGGAUGGAGAUAAGUGGAGACAUCAAAGGAAGCUUGCAAGCUAUGAGUUUUCCACUAAGAAUUUGAGGGAUUUCAGUAGUGAUGUUUUUAGAAUAAAUGCUGCUAAAUUGGCCAAAAAGAUUUCAUUACUAGCAGCAGCACCACCUUCUGAGCAAACCAUUAAUUUGCAGGAUUUACUCAUGAAAACGACUUUAGAUUCGAUAUUCAAGGUGGGAUUUGGGUUUGAUCUUGAUACCGUAUCAGGGUUACACGAGGCAAGUAAUCGAUUCAUGAAAGCGUUUGAUGAUUCAAAUAGUUUAUCCUUUUGGCGAUUUGUAGAUCUUCUAUGGAGGGCAAAGAGGUAUUUUAACAUUGGUUCGGAAGCUGUUCUCAAGCAGAACAUCAGAAUCGUUGAUAAUUUUGUGUAUGAAUUGAUACGAAACAAGAGGGAGCAGAUGACAAAUCAAAAUCUUAAUAGAGAUAAAGAAGACAUUUUAUCAAGAUUUUUGAUAGAAAGUGAAAACGAUCCAGUGAAUAUGAACGAUAAGUACCUAAGAGAUAUAUCAUUGAGUUUUGUGAUUGCUGGAAAGGAUACAUCUGCAAAUACUCUCACUUGGUUCUUCUAUAUGCUUUGCAAGCAUCCCUUGAUUCACCAAAAGAUUGCAGAAGAAGUGAAGACAGCCACCGAAGCUGAUGAUGAUACAUCUGUUGAUGACUUUGGGCUCAAGUUAACCCAAGUUGCACUUGACAAAAUGCAUUAUCUUCACGCAGCUUUAUCUGAGACGCUUAGGCUCUACCCUGCAGUUCCAGUGGAUGGCAAGAGUGCGGAGAAAGACGAUGUUCUUCCUGAUGGGUUCAAGAUCAAGAAAGGAGAUGGCGUCGCCUAUCUUCCGUAUUCAAUGGGAAGGAUGACGUAUAUUUGGGGAGAUGAUGCGGAGGAAUUCCGGCCAGAAAGGUGGCUCAUUAGUGGUGUUUUUCAACCUGAAAGUCCUUUCAAGUUUACCACUUUUCAGGCUGGGCCAAGAAUAUGCUUAGGAAAGGAAUUUGCUUACAGACAGAUGAAGAUACUGGCUGCUUUUCUUUUAUAUUUCUUUAAGUUUAAGUUGGUGGAUGAGAGUGAAGACGCUAGGUAUCGAACCAUGUUUACCCUUCACAUGGAUAAAGGACUCCAUUUGUAUGCUACUCGCCGUUUCUAAGAGUAUAAAAAAAAAACAAGGUCUGACUUUUAGCUGUGAAACUGUCGCGCCCUAUAGGAACUUACCAUUUAUGAGUAUAUGCUUUUGUAUAGUAACUAUAAGUUUGUUAACCUUAUGCCAUGAUUCUGGAACCACAAGACUGGACAAUUGUCAUCCAUCAAGAAUCUCCACUUAAGUUUCUGAGAAA